AUGUAAUCCAAUAUGCUUAUCCAAAAUGACAGACACGAGACAGCGCACCAAACUAUCAAAAGCAAACAUUUGGUCAGGGAGGACUUGUAGUUGUAGCUAUACCUUACAAGAAAACAAACAUGUAACUUGUCGGUAGGACAUGCUCCUAAAUCCCCCACGUAUAAAUUAUUGGCCAACUCUAAACUCUCACAACAGUAUUUCUAAUCUUGUAAAAUAGGCUAAUCCACAUUUCCCCAGUCAUGCAAGCCAAGGCCCUCUCCCACCCCCUUUCAUGCAGUCCGUGGCGGCCGCGCCACCACCUUGUCCGCCGUUUACCUCUUCCCUCCGCCGUGGCCUUACACCGCCAAAUGAUUACCCACUCAAUGCCAGCAGAAAAGUUAGAAGUGUUCAAGUCAUUAGAGCCUUGGGUGACCCAAAGCGUUCUCCCUUUCCUCAAGCCCGUUGAAAAUUCCUGGCAGCCCAAUGAUCUCCUUCCGAACCCAUCUCAGCCGUCGGAUGAAUUCGUCGACGAAAUUCGGGCCCUGAGGCAACGGACUUGUGAACUUUCAGACGAUUACCUUGUAGUGCUAGUGGGAGAUAUGAUAACGGAAGAAGCUUUGCCAACUUAUCUGACCUGGAUUAAUACUCUUGAUGGGGUUCGUGAUGACACUGCAUCCAGUUCAUCUCCUUGGGCUAUGUGGAGUCGGGGCUGGACUGCUGAGGAGAAUAGGCAUGGAGAUCUGCUACGGACAUAUUUAUACCUUUCUGGUCGUGUUGACAUGAAGAUGAUCGAAAGAACUGUGCAUCAUUUGAUUGGAUCCGGGAUGGAUGUAGGAACAGAGAACAACCCCUACUUAGGCUUUGUGUACACAUCAUUCCAAGAAAGAGCCACAUUCGUGUCACAUGGCAAUACUGCUCGUCUAGCCAAGGGUGCCGACCCAAUAUUAGCACGCAUAUGUGGAACAAUAGCAGCGGACGAAAAGCGACACGAAAACGCCUACGUCAAGAUGGUUGAGAAAUUGCUGGAAUUGGACCCAAAUGACUCCAUGCUAGCCAUUGCUAAUAUGAUGAGAAGGAGGAUUACGAUGCCUGCCCACCUAAUGUACGAUGGGUGUGAUCCAGAUCUAUUCGAGCACUUUGCUGCUGUGGCUCAAAGGUUAGGAGUGUAUACAAGUCAUGAUUAUGCAGAUAUAUUGGAGUUUUUGAUCGAUCGAUGGGCAUUGGAAAAGCUUGAAGGAAUUAAGGAUGAGGCAAAACGUGAGCAAGACUUUGUGUGUGGAUUACCACCUAAGAUAAAAAGGUUGCAAGAGAGAGCCGACGAGAGAGCUAAGAAGUUGGACCUGCGUCAAGUGAAGUUUAGCUGGAUUUUCAACAAGGAAGUGAGCAUAUAAGAGAGUUCAUUUGUGAAAAAUGUACAAGAUUAGCCACACAACCAAGCAUUAAAGCUAUGCCUAGAAAUGGAAUUGGAAAAUGGUAAUGGUAAGAAUGUGUUGUGAAUGCCUAAUUUUUGCAAGGUUUUUCCAAAAUAAUAAUAAUAAUAAUAAUAACUUUUGGAUGAUUUUGGCUA